AUGUCAACAAUUGAAUUUCGCGAGGGAGUGCAAAAAUCCGACUUUUAUCCGAUACUUCUUGCAAGAUGUCCAGCAACAUGUGGCUUAUGCGAUCAACCAGGUGCUCUAGGAGAAUGCCCUGAUAGAAGUGAUAUUUGCCCUACUAUAACUGCCUUGGAUCCCAGCGUGUGCAACAGGAAUAAUGUGGCUAAUAUGUGCAUGAAAAGUUGCAAUUUAAAAACUUGUUUGUCAGGUUAA